GAGCAGCUCGAGCAGGCUGUCGUGUUUGUGUUGAAGCCAACAGGCACAAUAUAUUACAGUCUAGGGCUCGCUGCUGAAAAGCCUGCUGGAUCUUCCAGUGACCUGCUGUUCUUUCCUGCUUUCCUGUAUUUUUUCUUUUCCUCCUCCUCCUCCUCUCUCUCUUCUUCAGAUUUAGAUUAAAAACAAAGCUCUCCCUCACCCUUGUUUUUUUUUUUCUUUUUCUUCUCUCCCUACUCUCUCUCUCUUCUUCUUCUUUCGGAGUCCAGCUUUGGGGUGUAAAAAGGAAAAGAAAGCUUUUCAGUUUCGGGUUUGUCUCUUACAGGAGGAAGGAUGUCUUUUUGCUGGCUGAUUCGGCUGGAGGUGUGUGUUUGUUUUUGCGGCUCGUUGGCCACCUUUUGAGGAAGGACGAGGAAGGGACGGCUGGCUGGAUGUGAUUCUUCGGACCUCACACUGCUUCAGUUAGUCUCAUCCGGGAGAGAGUGUAAGAGAAAGAGGUGAGAGUGUGACUUUGGCUCCCCUAAGGAGAAAAGGGGGAACCCAGUCUGAAGUGGAGAUAUAAGAUCUGUUUUCCUGACCUUUUUCUGGACAUUUUCAUUGGAUGCUGUUAGUGACCGUGGACCAGGAGCUCCAGGCAUUGGACCUUUGAGAGGAUCUGGGCUCUGUCCCGUCCAGGACAGAACCCCCUCUGAGGUUUUGGAGGUCAGAGGGAGUCUGCUGACCAUUAAAUCCACAAACCAGUGUGUGUGUCGUCUUCGGCUUCUUCUUUUCUUCCACUGACCAUGUACCCACAGGGCAGACAUCCGGUCCCACUACAGCCUGGCCAGUCCUUCAAGUUCACCGUGCUGGAGACUCUGGACCGAAUAAAGGAGGAGUUCCAGUUCCUCCAGGCUCAGUACCACAGUCUAAAGCUGGAGUGUGAGAAGCUGGCCAGUGAGAAGACGGAGAUGCAGAGACAUUACAUCAUGUACUAUGAGAUGUCCUACGGUCUCAACAUUGAGAUGCACAAGCAGGCGGAGAUUGUGAAGCGGCUCAGCGCUAUCUGCGCUCAGAUCAUCCCUUUCCUCUCUCAGGAGCACCAGCAGCAGGUGGUGCAGGCUGUGGAGCGAGCUAAGCAAGUCACCAUGGCAGAGCUCAAUGCCAUUAUUGGGCAGCAGCAGCUCCAGCAUCUGUCACAUCACACUGCAGGAAUCCCUCUGACGCCUCAUCCGUCCGGUCUGGCUUUGGGAGGGGGCUCAGGACUGCUGGCCCUCACUGGAGCACUUGGAGUCUCCGCUCACCUGACCGGCAAAGACGAGCGGAAUCACUUAGAUGCAGAGCACCUGCGAGAGGGUGCGCCCAGCAGGAGUAAGUCAGUGUCGUCGACAGACAGUCAGGCAGUGGAGGAGCGCCAGGGUCCAUCCGGUGUAUACCCCUCACAGAGCAAUGACGCCAAGAGGAGGCGCUGUGACGACAAAGACGGCCCAUCACAUUAUGAUAGUGACGGGGACAAGAGUGAAGACAACCUAGUGGUGGACGUGUCUAAUGAGGAGCCUUCCUCUCCAGUGGGCAGUACCCCCCACUCUCCUCAUGGGAAUGGCUUAGAUAGAGCUCCCAUGCUGAGGAAGGAGCUUCCACGAUCCCCCAGCCUGCCCCCUGCUCACAGCCCACCCUCCCACAGCCCCCCACCUGGCAAGAGCAAGGACUCAAUACAGGCGGAGAAAUGCCAGUCCCCCUCCUCUAAGUCAGGCAGUAGUUCUCCUUCUCACCGUGAGGCUCUUACCCCCGGACCCCCGGGACCCAGCACGUCCUGCCUCCGGCUGGUCACCAAACCUGCCUCUUCUGCAGACCCCCUGGCUUUGCGUAGUCCUCUGUCCAUGACCCCUGCUUCUUACCCAGCUCAUUUUGGAGUGGUAUCUCACGCCGGGCUGAACGGAGAGCUGGCCAGUCCAGGAGGUUUUGGGGGCUCACUCACCCUCUCACCCCAAAUCAGUACUGCAGCCAGUGCCUACACACGCAGCCCUAUGGUGGCGUAUGAAUCGCGGUCUCAUCUAAGGCCCUCAGGGCUGUCCUCCUCUCUGCCCGGCUCCAGCGGGGGCAAGCCUGCUUACUCGUUCCACGUGAGUGCGGAUGGGCAGAUGCAGCCUGUGCCCUUCCCUUCUGAUGCCCUCCUGGGCCCUGGCAUUCCACGCCACGCCCGCCAGAUCCACACCCUCAGCCACGGAGAGGUGGUGUGUGCCGUCACCAUCAGCACCUCCACACGGCACGUCUACACUGGCGGCAAAGGCUGCGUCAAAGUGUGGGACAUCAGCCAGCCGGGCAGCAAAAGCCCGAUGGCCCAGCUGGACUGCCUGAACAGGGACAACUACAUCCGCUCCUGCAAGCUCCUCCCAGAUGGGCGAACCUUGAUAGUGGGAGGUGAAGCCAGCACUCUGUCCAUUUGGGACUUGGCCACGCCCACUCCACGCAUUAAAGCAGAGUUAACGUCCUCUGCUCCAGCUUGCUACGCUCUGGCCAUCAGUCCAGACAACAAGGUCUGCUUCUCCUGCUGCAGCGACGGAAACAUCGUAGUGUGGGACCUCCACAACCAGACGCUCGUCAGGCAGUUCCAGGGCCACACAGACGGAGCCAGCUGUAUCGACAUCUCCAACGACGGGACCAAACUGUGGACGGGGGGUCUGGACAACACAGUGCGCUGCUGGGACCUGAGAGAGGGCCGGCAACUCCAGCAGCACGACUUCACCUCACAGAUCUUCUCUCUGGGCUACUGUCCUACAGGGGAGUGGCUUGCAGUGGGCAUGGAGAGCAGUAAUGUAGAAGUGCUGCACGUCUCCAAACCGGACAAAUACCAGCUGCACCUGCACGAGAGCUGUGUUCUCUCACUCAAGUUUGCCUACUGCGGCAAAUGGUUCGUGAGCACGGGAAAAGACAAUCUGUUAAAUGCGUGGAGAACGCCGUAUGGAGCCAGCAUCUUCCAGUCCAAGGAGUCUUCAUCCGUCCUGAGCUGCGACGUCUCCCCUGACGACAAAUAUAUUGUCACCGGGUCCGGAGAUAAGAAGGCCACUGUGUAUGAGGUGGUGUACUGAGGCAGCGGGAGAGAGAGACUGAGGGAGCGAUGGAUGGACGAUGGAUGGAUGGUCAGCUGGAUAGACAGAUGGAAAAAGGAAGGAAUAAAAGAAGAGCACUGUCAUGAGUGGGCAACCAUGGGCAACCAAGCAUUCUCUUUUUUCUAAACAGCAUUUCCCAGCUCAGCCUCUGAAGUACCUGCUAAACACACUCCCCACAACCCCAUUCCAUCUCCACAGAGAGAGAGAGAAAAAGAGAGAGAGAGAAUGAGACAAAGAAAUGAGACAUAGAGCGAGUGGGAGCACGAGAGAGAGAGAAAGAGAGAGAGUGAGGGAGGGUAAUUAGCGCAGUCUCUAGAUGAAGAGCUCAGCAGAGAGCAGAAAAGCCCACAGGAGACAGCGAGCACUUAGGGAGCUGCAGCUCACAGAAAACACACACAUACCAGACAAUCGAUUCAUUAGACAUUAAAAAAACCUCACUGUAAUGAGCCCCCAGUGCAGGACCACUCCUCCCCCCGAAAAGCCACAGACAGCAGAAUGAACGAGUUGGCCUGGCCCUGGCUAGACCCAAUUUUCUCCCUAAUUUAGUCCUUGUCAGCUCUCUCCCGCUAGCUAGCUUUCUCCUUAUCCUACAAUAGCCACCGAACUGGGAGGAUGAGGGCUUACAUGCGUUUCUUCUGAGACACAUGAAUCCAACCAUCGCAUAUUUCCAAGCUUUCAGUUCCUUAUUAACUCAAAGAUCUAUAUUUGGACAGUUUGUCACAACACUGAGUCGUAGCUAGCAGCUUAUUCCAUUUAGGUGGUUAUUCAGAAAUGGUGUACAUCAAGCCUAUGUUCAGACUGCAGGCAAAUCAUAUUUGUGUCUCAGAUCAGGUCUGUUCAGAUGUUAUUUGCUGCUGAUGAGAUCAGAUUCAUUGUAUCAAAGUAUCAUAUCUUCAGUGUUGUUCCAUGAAAGGAUCUAAUGAAAUAUUACAAAAAAUGCGAGGGGUGGGUGUACUAACUUUUGUGAGAUGUUGUAUCUCUAAAGAGCUGGAACGCAACUAGGAAGCUACAUAUUGCAGUAGCUAGCAUUUAAGGCUAAUGCUAGCUGACAUUUUCUACUUUAAAGUGAAAAAAACAUUGCUAAUGCAUCUUAAUACAAAUAAAUAACUGUCCACAUUUCCGCCCUGAGAAUCAUGUUUUACAAACUUUCUUGGACAACUUAAUAUAAAAUGCAUAGAUCAGCAUUUUCCAGUGUGGGGAAAAAAAAAAAAAAAAAAAAAAAAAAAACUUAGCUGACCUCAAAACAUUUCUAUAGGAAUUAUUCCCCAGAGUACCAUCGUCCAGGGGAAUUUCAGAACUGGUUUGACACAUUAAGGCUACAUUCAUAUUACAAGCCUCGUUAAUCAAUUCAGGUUUUUUUUUUUUUUUUGCUUAGAUCGGAUUUGGUCAUCUUGACAAUUCACAUUAAUCUGAAAUGUGAAUUAAUUUGUCCCUAAAAUGUGUUGUUUUGUUGCACUCCUGGUGUUGUGCUGAAUUCUAAAUCUUUGUUCAGAACCUAAUUCUACUUGAGCGAUGUUUUGUUGUUUGUCUGUUAUUAUACUUAUAAUAGUUAUUCAUUAACAAAAACAACAGGAAUUGGGACAGUGUAACGUUCAUCAGGUCAAUUUCAGGCAAUUUGAGCAUAGAAAAAUGGAUAAAAAAAACGUUAUUAUUUAAUUUUUUCCAUUAAAUUUGGUGUACUUGUUUUUUACUUUUUUAUUUCUGCCUUUUGCUAACAGAAUUGAAAAAAAUCUUCUCUCUCUUUUUGUGAAAAUUAAAAUAGUUUUUUUUCCUGAAAUUCUAAUUGUGAGGUGCAAACAAAAUGAAAUAAAAAAGAGAAAAUUGUAAAAAUGCAUGAAAACUCAUUUCUUCUAUACUACACAGUUAAUAAAUAAAGAAGUUUCCCCCAUUUCUAUUUUCAAAUUUUGACUUAAAUUGUCGGAUAGUUAAAUUGCUAAAUUUACAUUGACCCUUGUGCCUUUACUGCAGUGGAAUGGAGUUGGAUUUUGGCAGGGAGUCAGAAUUUGGCACAAAACUAGGAUCAUCCUUUCACAUUCAUGUUGUGUAUCCACAAAAUGAAUUCAUAUCCAAUCUAGCACCAUAUAUGAAAGUGAUUCAAAUCAAAACAAAGUUUCAGAAGUUUAGAUUUGGCAUGCGUACACAGCCCAGAAAAAAACAGACCUGUGUCUCAAUAAGGCCGUUUGGAUAAGUUCAGAUUUGAGUCACUUCUGCCUGGUUAUGUGAAUGUAGCCUCAGUUAAUGUGUUAAGGCUAGAUCUGUCCCAAUUUUUUAAUUCAGAAAAAAAAAUACAAGUGGUAGCAAGUUACCAUGGGGUUUGUUAGCAAUUAAAAGUGAUUAUUUAGAGGUAGGUUUAUCUGGUUAUCGCUGUGUUGUGCCCAUCAAUCACUGGCACCUUGCCCACAGGGCAGUGUUUACAGGCUAUUUUUCACCUGUUGAUAUCAGGACAUAGCGCCUGAAUUCACCCCGUGUUUAUGACUUCUGUUCCAAUGAGGCUUCUGUGCAGUAAACUCAGAAAGUCAUAAGUUCACGGGGACUGUAUGAACGAACCCGCCCCAUCUUUCUAAUUCUGUAUACAUGAGCCACCAAACACCUGCACUGAAGUGAGCGAUUGAGAGGGAGAAGAGAAAACAAGGCCACCUUUACUUACCACCCACAGAGCAGGGCUUAUUAUGCUCUCCGGAUUGGAACUAGUGAUGUGAUUAUGUGUUCCCAAACAUGAUGCACCACUUCCCCAUACACGCCAAUUAAAUAUUCAUAUGGUGAAUGCCGGCUGAAUUCUCCAUCCUGCGCUUUAUUUCCGUCUCCCGCGAGAGGCUUCCCCGGAGUCUAAUGAGGAGCAGGUUGAACUCUCAGUGGGUUUCAUCCAGCAAACAGGGAACAGCUACAUUGUUCAUUCUCAUUCCUGUGGCCUAGUAUAUAUAUAUCAUUUCUGUCACACAAAAACCUUGUAUCUCCAAAACGAGACGGAACUUUACUGGUGAAGGGAAGGAAACCUUCCUAACCUCCAGUGGCAGUCAGGGAGUUUAGUUUUUUUAUAUACACUUCAUAAUCAGGUUACUGCAGAAUAUUUCAAAGUUUGUCAGUCAGCACACUCUACACAGGCACCGCCCCUUGUCUGAUCCAUGCAAAAUAUAUGACACCAAAAAUCUCCAGAAAGGUUUCUCUAGACCUGAAUCUCCGAACAUUUUCCAGAACUUAUACAGCUCUGGAAAAAAUAAGAGACCACUUAAAAAUUAUGAGUUUCUUUGAUUUUACCAAAUUGAUAUCCUCUGGAAUAUAAUCAAGAGGAAGAUGGAUGAUUACAAGCCAUGAAUUCAAACUGAACUGCUUGGAUUUUUGCACCUGGAGUGGUAUAAAGUUAUCCAAAAGCAGUGUGUAAGACUGGUGAAGGAGAACAUGCCAAGAUGCAUGAAAACUGUGAUUGAAAAAACAGGAUUAUUCCACCAAAAAUUAUUUUCUGAACUCUUAAAACUUUACGAAUAUGAACUUUUUUUUUUGCAUUAUUUGAAGUCUGAAAGCUCUGCAUCUUUUUUGUUAUUUCAGCCAUUUCUCAUUUUCUGCAAAUAAAUGUCCUAAUGACAUGGAAAUGGAAUUUGGGAGAAAUGUUGUUUGUAGUUUAUAGAAUAAAACAACAAUGUUCAUUUUAUUCAAACUUAUACCUAUAAAUAGCAAAAUUAGAGAAACUGGUUCAGAAACUGAAGUGGUCUCUUAAUUUUUUCCAGGGCUGCAUGUGAAAAACAAUCAAGUGAAGAUAUAAGGUUUUGGUUUGACAGCAACUCACAUACUGUAUAUAUAUAUAGUCACGAUCACAUGAAAAGAAAUACACUAGCACUGAUUUAUACACCACAUUAUAAAUCACUGCAAGUCCGUAGAAGUAUGUGCUGACAGCUGCUUCUCAGCUCCAGCAGAUCUCAGUUGUAAGUACGGAAGCUUAAGUGUGAAGCUUAUGUUUUAUCAAGGUAUAAAGCAUGAAAGCAGCUCAGAACUUUUCUUGGAAGAGUGCCAGAGAAAUACCCACUCUCCCUGCAGCCAUACUCAGGUUAGUUCCAUGCCUAAGAGGCCCUAAGAUAUACCCCUGUUGUACCCCUACUGUUUUUAAAGAGCUGUGGUUGCCCACCCAACCUGUGAUGUCUGAAAGAAGAAGUCAAGCGAUCCAUGCACCACCAAAAGCCUGCUGGGAGCAAGAUUUUGUUCUUUUGUUUUUCUUUAAACAAGUUUCUGUUCCUUCGACUUUAUCUGAUCUGUGAACCAGAGGGCUUCUCUCAGAAUCUCAAAAAGGGAAAAAAAUGAAAAAGGAUCUUCUGGAUGAAUCUUUUGGAUUGAUUCUUUUGCUUGCUACCUUUCCAAACACAGAACUGUAUGAUUUUUUUUUUUUUUUUAUGGGAAAUUAGUAAAAUAGUGCUACAGUGUUUUUCUGUUCGGUCUAUUGUUAUGCAGAAAGUAUGGUGUAUUUUUCCCUCCUUUCUAUAAAUGGCUGAAUAAAUGGCUGCCCAAAGACAGGGGGAUUUGUCUCGCGUAAGCCGGACCCUUCUCUGCUGCCUUAUCAUCACAACCUAUCUUUAAUGUCAUGCUAUCGAAAUAUCUGUUAUCUACUGUUGCCUAAUGCUUUGUUUCUAUACUGAGAAUAAAAAAAACCCCACAAUGUCCAGAAACUCCCUCUCUCUCUUUCUCUCUCUCUGUAAAGCCAAGGACUUUUUCUGCAAAGGCACAGCUGUGAUAUCUCUCUGUAGCACUUCCUGUGUGAUGUAUCAGACAUGCAUACAUUGACGAUUAAACUUGUGGUCAUCUUUUGAA